GGCGGCGGCCGCUCCGCUCUCCGGAAGUGUCGCUCCAGCCGCUCCCCGCCGGUGCCGUGUCCCGCCGCCAGACAGGCUGUGUUGACUCACUGGCGCUGGAUUUUGAGAACCAACAGCCACCAUGUCUAGCAAAAGAGCAAAGACGAAGACCACCAAGAAGCGCCCUCAGCGCGCCACUUCCAAUGUGUUUGCCAUGUUCGAUCAGUCGCAGAUCCAGGAAUUCAAGGAGGCCUUCAACAUGAUCGACCAGAACAGGGAUGGCUUCAUUGACAAAGAGGACCUGCACGACAUGCUCGCCUCCCUUGGAAAGAAUCCAACGGAUGAAUACCUGGAUGCCAUGAUGAAUGAGGCUCCAGGCCCCAUCAACUUCACCAUGUUCCUCACCAUGUUUGGUGAGAAGUUAAAUGGCACCGACCCAGAGGAUGUAAUCAGGAAUGCCUUUGCUUGCUUUGAUGAAGAAGCAACAGGGUUCAUCCAGGAGGACUACCUGCGGGAGCUGCUGACCACCAUGGGAGACAGGUUCACGGAUGAGGAGGUGGAUGAGCUGUACAGAGAGGCCCCCAUUGACAAAAAGGGCAACUUCAACUACAUCGAGUUCACGCGCAUCCUCAAACAUGGAGCCAAGGACAAGGACGACUGAGCCCGUCCCUGGAUACAUGCACAUUAUCUCUACAUUUAUGUUUAUUUUUAAUGGUUUCUUCCUGAUAGAACUUGUUGCAUGCAUUUAGCUCCAAAGCUUUUGUCUUUUUCAAUAUAUUUAUCUAUUCCAGGCCAUUUAGGCACAUUUGCACCUGUAAUCAGACUGGAAGCAGGAAAAAUAUUUUGAGGGAAAGGCUACAGGAAAAACAUUCCCUGGAGUUGAUAGUCCAGGAAAAUAAUCUCAACAUUUCUGGUUUUGCUGGAUUUUUACAUUUUUGUAAUAAAUGCCAUUUUGAAAUAAAGAUUGCUAUAUAGAUAAAAUACCUCAAAA